UCAGUUGCUCUCCGCACUUCGCGUUCGGCGGAUCAGAGAUCAGAACACGGGGUACCAUAAAGCCGAUCGCGAAUACCUGUGAGUGGAAUUGGCAAGCACGAAUCUAGCUGAUAAGCCCAUCGUGAUUUGGAUUCUUUUAUUCUCUUUCGGCGAACAUGUUGCUCCGUGAUUAUUAUAAAACUCCAUCUCAUUUGCAUUUACUCGUAAUUGCUGUGCUCUUUAUUUACGACUCGAUUGUUGAAAAUAUUUGCCUAAGUGCAAAUACAAUCGAUGUUUGCCCACUGCUAUUUAAUUGGACUAGCUAAACUGCAGAAAAUUCCGCAAAUUAACUAUUGAAGCUACAUAAAGCAGAUUAAAUUGGGAGCCAUUUUACUGCUGAUAUAUCCGGAACGGACUGACGAGCUCAUCCAUCAUUGUCGCCCAUUUGCUGUCCCACAUAUUCCCCACUCCAUUCACGGCGAUGUCAACUCACCUGGGUAAACUCAGCAGAAGUACUUCGUUGCUCACUGCCGGAUUAGUUUUAUGUAUAGCCUUAAGCAGGGGAAUAACUGCCACAUCCCAUAAGCCCAAUAUCAUCAUUAUAAUGGCAGAUGAUCUGGGUUUCGACGACGUGAGUUUUCGCGGCUCCAACAACUUCCUCACCCCCAACAUUGAUGCCCUGGCAUACAGCGGAGUGAUCCUGAACAAUCUCUACGCCGCUCCCAUGUGCACGCCCAGUCGGGCUGCUCUGCUAACUGGAAAAUAUCCCAUUAGUACAGGAAUGCAGCACUAUGUAAUCGUGAACGAUCAGCCCUGGGGUCUGCCACUAAAUGAGACCACCAUGGCGGAGAUUUUCCGGGAAAACGGCUAUCGAACUAGUCUCCUGGGAAAGUGGCACUUGGGCAUGGCACAGCGCAACUUUACGCCCACACAGCGGGGCUUCGACCGGCAUUUGGGCUACCUUGGGGCCUAUGUUGAUUACUACACCCAGAGCUUUGAGCAGAAGAACAAAGGCUACAAUGGCCACGACUUCCGGGAUAAUCUGAAAUCCACACACGAUCAGGUGGGGCACUAUGUCACCGAUGUGCUCACCGACGCUGCAGUCCAGGAGAUCGAGGAUCACGGAUCAAAAAAAAGAAGCCAGCCCCUCUUUCUGCUGUUGAGUCACCUGGCUCCCCAUGCCGCAAAUGAUGACAACCCAAUGCAGGCGCCUGCCGAUGAGUUGACCCAGUUCGAUUAUAUUCGAAACGAAACCCACCGCGCCUAUGCCGCGAUGGUUUCUCGACUGGACAAAAGCGUGGGAAAGGUCAUAGAAGCUCUGGCCCGGCAGGAAAUGCUCCAAAACAGCAUCGUACUCUUCCUGUCUGAUAAUGGGGGACCCACAGAGGGAAUGCACUCCACCACCGCCUCCAAUUAUCCACUGAGGGGGCAAAAGAAUUCCCCCUGGGAGGGAGCCCUGCGAUCCUCGGCUGCCAUUUGGAGCACUGAGUUCGAGCGCUUGGGAAGUGUGUGGAAGCAGCAGAUCUAUAUUGGCGACCUCCUACCCACCUUGGCAGCUGCAGCGGGAAUAACUCCGGAUCCGGAACUCAAACUGGACGGCUUGAACCUCUGGUCUGCCCUCAAGUACGGAUACGAGUCGGUGGAGCGGGAGAUUGUCCACGUAAUCGAUGAGGAUCCGGAGGAACCCCACCUCUCUUACACGCGUGGCAAGUGGAAGGUAAUCAGCGGCACUACCAGCCAGGGUCUCUACGACGGCUGGCUGGGUGGAAGAGUGACCAGUGAGGAGGAUCCGCGCUCGGUGGACUACGAGGAUCUCAUUCGGAACACCAGUGUGUGGCACCACUUGCAGCGGGUAUCCGCCGGAGAGCGCAACAUCAGCGAGCUGAGGGAUCAGGCCAGGAUCGAGUGCCCGGAUCCUGCGACAGGGAUCAAGCCCUGCAUGCCCCUCGAGGCUCCCUGUCUCUUCGACAUCGACGCUGACCCCUGCGAACGGAGCAACCUGUAUGAGGAGUAUCAAAACACGACAAUUUUUCUGGAUCUUUGGGCGCGAGCUCAGCAGUUUGCCAAACAGGCACACCCUCCGAACAAUAAACCAGCGGAUCCGGAAUGCGAUCCCCGGUUUUACCACAAUGAGUGGACGUGGUGGCAGGAUGAGCAGCGUUCUAGUUCGGGGACACCAGUGCGAAUGAAUGUCAUCAGCUUUUUCUUAGGACUCAUCCUAACAAGUCGGUGGACUCUCUAUCUUUGAGGUAACUCUUUGAGUUUUAUACAAGCAAAAAUAGUAGAAGUUCUUAAGAAUACUAUAGUGCUAAUUUAUUUGCCGCUAAAAAAUCCUGGAAUUGAAAUUGAUAAGAAAUGGAAAUAUCUUUAUACUGAUGAUAAAUAGGCGGAGUCUCUAGACCACUCACAGUGAAUUGAGAGUUUGGGUCAAACCAAUUUAGAUAAUUUAUAACUUAAAUUUGACCAACUGUAAACAUUUCUAAGUAAUGUCUGAAUGGCUCCAGUUUCCAAUAGCCAAUCCGCCAGCUUAUCUUAUCGAUCACUUCUGCGAAAACUGAUAAACUGAAAAUCAAUCAAAACCACACGAAAGUAGAUCUCUGUCAAUCAAAGUGGCUUACAAAGUGUUAGACCGAACUUAAUGAAAAUGUGAAAACUUAGAAAUUUUAUCACUAUUUAUAACGCCAGAUUUAUUUUUGUUGUGAACUUCACCAAGCGGAUAUUAUUGUUAUCAUAUCGGUAAUAUCAAAAGUUAUAAGUGACUUUAUUUAUUUGUUAUGUUUGCCAAAUUAACAAUAAGUAAUUGUAAAUUAAGGCUCGUUUUCUCAUUCUUAUGAUAAAAUAAUUGGUGUAACACUUUAAAAAUAAAGCUUAAAAUAUAAUUUUCUUAUAACAUGAGGAUGAGAAAACGUCCUUAGCUCAGUCAAAUGUUAGGGCCUUUUUUGUAAAUAUUCUUCAAGCGAAAUAAAUUGCGUGUAAUGUGUAUAUGAAA